UUUAGACAUUUUUUUUGUGAUGUUUUCCUUUAAGUAAUUUUAAAUAUGCUACUUAUCAUAAAAAUAAUAUAAACAAAACAAUAUACAUUUAAUUUUAAGAAAAAAUACUUUCAGUAUUUUCAGACAAGCUGGAGGUUUGAGUGGGUUUCUGGAAACAAUCAUUAUCUUGUUUGUUGGGGAGCUCAGGUAUAGACAGAGAAGUCAAAAAUGGAACGCGCCCCAAUCUUCGGUUUCGGCAAUCAUCGGUAGUUGUCGUCUUUUUCCGGCUGAUACCAGUCAUUUAGCUAGCCAAGCUGAUUAGCCUGCUACCACAGCUAAUGUUUGUAGGAAAUGUAUCAUUCGCCGAAUUAGACUGAAUGAUGCAAACAGUGUAGAAAGAUGGCGGACGUAAACGGACAAGAAGUUUGUUCCUCGGUUCCUCCGUUGCCUCGCCCUUCCUCCCGUAACGGCUCCGGUAGCGGCAGCGUUACGCCAGGCACCGGUGGCAGUUGGCAGACGCCAACCACCGUUACUUCAGGCCCCAGGCUGGUGCAGAUAGUGAAGUCCGACUCGGGCUACGGCUUCAACGUACGGGGGCAAGUUAGCGAAGGAGGACAGCUGCGGAGCAUUAACGGGGAACUGUACGCUCCUCUGCAGCAUGUGAGCGCUGUCCUCCCCGGCGGAGCUGCGGACAGAGCCGGCAUCUCAAAGGGAGACAGGAUCCUAGAAGUCAACGGGGUAAACGUUGAGGGAGCCACACACAAGCAGGUGGUGGAUCUGAUCCGGGCUGGCGAGAAGGAGCUGGUGCUGGCCGUUCUGUCUGUCCCGCCGCAGGAAGCCGACUGCCUGGAUCCUGGUGACGACGUGUCGGCCUUGUCCUGUUACGACUACUCUGACAAGCAGGCCGUCCCGAUCUCCAUACCGAGCUACAAACACACUGAGCUCAACAGUGAGAAGUUUGUGGUAUAUGAUGUGUAUAUGGCGGGUAGGCAGCUGUGCUCCAAACGUUAUCGGGAGUUUGUGAUUCUACACCAAAACCUUAAGAGGGAAUUUGGCAAUUUUACCUUCCCCAAACUACCUGGGAAAUGGCCGUUUUCGCUUUCGGAGCAGCAGCUAGAUGCACGGCGCCGAGGCCUGGAGGAAUACCUGGAAAAAGUCUGCUCAGUACGGGUAAUUGGAGAAAGCGAUAUCAUGCAGGAGUUCUUGUCUGAAUCAGACGAGAACUAUAACGGCGUUUCAGACGUAGAGUUGAGAAUAGCCAUGCCAGAUAAGACUACACUGACUGUUAGAGUUCGCAAAAACUCCACUACAGACCAAGUUUAUCAGGCUGUGGUUCUGAAGCUUGGUAUGGACAGUAUAACAGCCAGCUACUUCGCUCUGUUUGAGGUCAUCAACCACACCUUUGUGCGUAAACUGGCCCCCAAUGAGUUCCCCCACAAACUUUAUGUGCAGAACUAUACCUCAGCCAUCCCAGGAACCUGCCUCACACUGCAAAAGUGGCUCUUCACCACAGAAGAAGAGAUCUUGCUCAAUGACAACCAGCUUGCUGUCAACUAUUUCUUUCACCAGGCAGCUAACGAUGUGAAGAAAGGCUUCAUUAAAGUUGAGCAGAAGUCUUAUCAGCUCCAAAAGCUGGCAGAGCAGAAGAAGAUGUCCAUGUACCUGAGUUUGUUGCGGAGCUGUGAGGGUUACAACGAGAUCGUAUUUCCUCAUUGCUCCUGUGACUCCCGACGUAAAGGCCAUGUGAUCACAGCCAUCAGUAUACACAACUUCAAGCUGCAUGCCUGUACAGAAGAAGGUACACUCGAAAACCAGGUGAUUGCAUUCGAGUGGGGGGAGAUGCAGAGAUGGGACACAGAUGAAGAGGGCAUGGCUUUCUGUUUUGAAUAUGCACGGGGAGAGAAGAAGCCACGCUGGGUGAAGAUCUUUACUCCCUAUUUUAACUACAUGCACGAGUGCUUCGAGAGAGUCUUCUGUGAGCUGAAGUGGAGGAAGGAGGUGGAAGAGGAGGCUACAGACAAGGACAACAAGAACUGCAGUAAAGAUGGUAUGUGUGGAAAGAAUAUUUUCCAGCUGCUGAGGCACAGAAGAGAUGAGGGAACGUAGGGGGGAAGAUUGUCAUCGACUCAGCUGAGUGUUUGCCCUGACCCAGUCUCGCUCAGCCAUGAACUUACAUGGUCAUCAUUUACACUCCAUUAACUGCAACACAAGAAGCUACUUCCUACAUGUGAACCGACAACCAUCUGCUGAAAAACAUGAAAGCAGAAGCAUUAAAAAAAAGCUACAUGACUUCCGAGCCAGAACAUAUGAGUCCAGCUCUUCAUAAACAUGCGUUAAACUAAAGCUUCUGCAGAGUGAUGGAUUCAUGCAAGUCUGUCCUCCUUGGUCAAGACUCGGAGUGGAUCAUAACAUGCUAACCAGUAUGAUUUAAACAUUUUAUUUUUUGCAGCUGAAUAAAAAAAAAUGUCGACGUGAAUUAUUGGUGCACAAACAAGGACAACUGAAAUCAGUCAGAUGGAGGAACAAAGAUAAGAAUGAUCAGCACUUCUAGUCCAUUUGUGGAUGCAUGAUAUCCACAUCCGACAGAUAAGAGUCGAAGCAAAGCGAGAUCCUGUGAUGUAACUUACAGUUAAAUCAGGUUACACUUUGAACUUUUUAUGUUUUGCUCUAAAGAAAAAUCAAAAAACAUGAAAAUAACAGGUAAGACAAACGCAAUUGUUUCAUAUUUUUGGGUAUGCACAUGGAACAAGAACUUAAAUUUACACUAAUGUUGCACUUUAUCCCACUGUAAGAAAAGCUUCAAGAUGUGCAGAUUGAAUAGACACAUGGGCUUAAGACUGGAAUAAGCUUAAACCAUAUAUUCAUUUUUGACUGACUUACACAUUGCAUUCCCACCUGAUGUUAAAGACAUGACUUAAACCUUUGUGUACAGGUUCUUCUAAGUAAAUUAGAAUAUCUUCAAACAGUUAUGUUAUUAUAGUAACUCAAUUAAAAAAAGUCGACUCAUA